AUGACUGGAGUUUCACCCCUUCCGGCGUUCAUCAGAUGGCUGCACGUUCAUCCGAUGAAUGUCGGAAGACAUCCUUAUGCGUCCACAAUGGCCGACCUUUCUGACCAGUUACUCGUCAUUCUCAGCGACACUGCGGCGACACCUUCCGGCAUGAACCAGAACUACAGUUCGAGAAAGGGAGCUAACUACUCUCCAGUCUCCUCGGCCAACUCCACCAAUCAGAAAGACGUUGACCUGGCGAAAGCGGAAGUCGUCGUUCUCAGCGUCAUCCUCGCCCUGGCGGUAUUUGGCAACGUAUGCGUACUGACUGCGCUGGGCCGGAAACAGAAGAUACGCAGCCGUAUGCACAUGUUCAUCCUUCACCUCAGCAUCGCGGAUCUGUUGGUGGCGCUCUUCAACGUUUUGCCGCAGAUGAUAUGGGAGAUUCUGGGCGAGUUUCAGGGCGGAGAUCUUCUGUGCCGCUUCGUCAAGUACAUGCAGAUAUUCGUCAUGUAUCUGUCCACCUACAUCCUCGUAAUGACUGGCGUGGACCGCUACAUCGCUAUCUGUCACCCUCUCUCCAACCACAUCUGGACAAUGCGGACGGUUAACUUAGUUGCCGCGAUGGUGUAUCUCGUCUCCGGAAUGCUAAGCAUUCCCCAGGCGCUGUUGUUCAAAUACCAGGAGAAGUCCCCAGGCUCGAAAAACUACGAUUGCUGGGUUCUCUGGGACCCGCCGUGGCUCCUGCAGCUGUAUAUUACGUCAUUCACUUUUGCGAUCUACGUCAUACCUUUUGUGGUUCUCGUGUACGCGUACGGGGCCAUCUGCUACACGAUAUGGCGGAAACACAGGAACCUGAAGGCCUCGUUUUUGAGAAAGCACGUCACGAACGGGCUCGCCUACACCGGGAACUACGGAUCAACUCCGCGCGGCGGUUCGUCUCAGAGGAACGGAAUAUACUAUCCCAGAAUGCACUCGCGGAGGGGAUUCUCCAGCGCCAAAUUGAAGACUGUGAAGCUGACGUUUGUCGUCAUCAUCGCCUAUCUCAUCUGCUGGUCGCCAUUCUUCGUGUCGCAGCUGUGGUGGCUGUACGACGAAACGCUGCCUUAUUCUAACAAAGCCGUGUCCAUUAUGGUGCUGAUGGCCAGCCUUAACAGCUGCUGCAACCCGUGGAUCUAUCUAGCUUUCAGCGGCAACCUGUUCCGCUAUCUCUCCCCCUGCUACAAUUCCCAGUGCAUUACAAGUCGAGCCGAGAGCAACGGACAUUCGGAACCCACGAUAAAGCUGAACAGCACAAUCGAACUCGACCACCUGGAGACGAAACGAACGCGCUCGCUGACGCUAUUUUUAACUUCAAAGAUGUCUCGCAAGGACGUGAUAGCGUUGACGCCAAAAAUCGUCAAGUCGAAAAGCAGCCAAUCGGACGACAGCGAUUGUCCGAAGUCCCCUCACGUGACUAAGCGUGCGCGCGUGCACGAGCGACCUCCGGAGGAAGUGGAGAAGGCUCAGAAAACGUGGGACAGGAAUAUGGGGAUAGAGACUUCGGUUGAUGGUCACUGCUUUAAGAGAGAGUCGCCCACUUCGGAUGACGAUUCGUUAGUGGCCGUGGAUUCGUAUGUUUGA